AGCCAAUUACAGCACCCAAUUAGCAGCCUUGUGGUGUGCCCUUCAGACAGUGAGGAGAACCACAUGGUGCCUGGAGGUGACAGCAGCACAAACCCACCAGCUGCCUCUGCACUACAGAUCUGCUUGCCGUGCAGAUUGACUUGCCACAGGCCAGCCCUCCCCUCCUCCUCAGAAUUACCCCGGACCUAUCCUUGGAAGUAAGCCGUGUAUCAGGAUGAAGAGGUUUACAGACUGUGUACUUCUAGUGGCGACACUGUGUUUGCUGGGAAGAUGCUCCGGCCAGUUCUUAGCCUCCAUGUCAGAAUGCUGUAUGAGAGGGUCUGAACUGGCCAAGCAGAACCCUGACCAGGAUUGUGCCAACUUUCCCGUCGGACUGUUGAACGUGCGAACUGAGGACAGGGAGAACUGUCGCAUCACAGCCAGGGUGUGCUGCCAUCGAGAGAGGAGGUCCCAGCAGUGUUAUGAUGGCAUCAUGCACGGGCGGUCUGGAGGAGUCUGCAAGACACGCUUCUCGUUUGACGAGUGCGGAGGAAAGGAGUACAAAAAAUGCUGUGAGUGUUGUCAGCUGGGCCUGGUGGCUCAUCGCCAGCUGCUGCGCUGUGACAUCUCCUCCAUUAAGGCGCUCAACCUGGGCUCGUACUGCGCCGAGGCGUACAAGGACUGCUGUCUGAAUGGGAAGAUCGUUGCCACUACCCGCCCGCCAACCGUCACCUCCGCACCCCUGUCUGGGUCAUCAGGUAGCGGUAUGUGUGAGAGGUUUUCAGGACGGCUAUGCGAGCACAUCUGUAUAAAUACAGCAGAAGGACACGUGUGCCGCUGCAGGGAGGGCUUCAGACUACAGGCUGAUGACAAAACUUGCAUAGCAGUUACGAGUGCCACCAGUGGUAGCCAGUGUGAGAACUCGCCCUGCGAGCAGAGGUGUGUGCCCACAGGGACCGGAGUCCAGUGUUCCUGUGAAGUCGGUUACCAACUCAACAGGGAUAGAGUUUCCUGUGAUGAUGUGAAUGAGUGUGCGCACAACACGGAUGACUGCCAGGAGGGCCAGGAGUGCUUCAACACCAUGGGCUCCUUCACCUGCCGCCGCCUCUUGGGCUGUGGGACAGGCUACGAGAUGAACCCUGCUGGGGAAUGUGUCGACAUGGAUGAAUGUGAACUUGGCGUGGACGAGUGUGAGGCAGGGUUCAAGUGCACCAACCAGCCCGGGUCCUUCCGCUGUGUACCCAGGGUGCAGUGUGGGGUGGGCUACAACUACGACAGGACCGGCAACUGUGUUGACAUCAAUGAAUGUGAUGGAUCCAGCUGUCCUCGGGGUACCAAGUGCAUAAACACAGUCGGCUCCUACAGAUGUCAGCGUUUGGUGACCUGUGGACCUGGUUAUGAGUUGAAUGAGGAUGAGAGUAAUUGUGAAGACAUUGAUGAGUGUGCACGAGGAACCCAUGACUGUCAGGGUCUGUCUGAGUGUAAGAACAACAGAGGGUCCUACAUCUGUCAGUGUCCUUCUGGCUACACCGCCGACCAGUCAACAAGAACAUGCCAAGAUAUUGAUGAGUGUAUACGGUUCGGUGGGCGAGUGUGUGCACAGAACUGCAUCAACACGGAGGGGUCGUAUACGUGCGAGUGUCGCGAGGGAUUCGAACUGGCAGCGGAUAGCAGAAAUUGCAGAGAUUUGAACGAGUGCGACAACAACCCGUGUGAGCAGCGGUGCAUCAACGUGUAUGGGUCGUUCCAGUGCUCCUGUAACCGUGGUUACCGGGUCGCGAGCGACGGCAGAACUUGCGAGGACGUGGACGAGUGCGCCCUGUACAGCGGGCAGGGUCAGGGGUCGCUGUGCAUGCACGAGUGUGUGAACAUCCGCGGCUCGUACACAUGUAGGUGUCCACCUGGGUAUGAGCUCUUACAGGACGACCGCUCCUGCGCUGACAUAAAGGAGUGUGAUACAGGUGCACACAACUGUACAGAGCAGCAGGAGUGCUUCAACAUCCGGGGGGGAUAUCGCUGCCACGAUGUCACCUGUCCAGACAACUACGUAAAGACCACACCCACCCGAUGUGAGCAUAACCCAUGUCCGUAUGACGACGAGGCAUGCAAAGCCGAGCCGACCUCCAUCAGUUUCAACUACCUAACCUUCCCCAGCGGCAUUCGCACGCCCGCGAACCUCUUCAAAAUGAGCGCCGCUCUACGCUACCCGCAGGACAGAUUUGAGUUUACGCUGGCCGGGAACGAGCGGGAGUAUUUCACGCUGGUUCAGGAGGACAGAUACAGCGCCAUCGUGAAGAUGGAGACACCGCUUCUCGGGCCGGCGGAACACGAGCUGGAACUGGAGAUGAAAAUGUUCCGGGAGGCAGAGGUCCGCGCUCGCAACGUGGCACGGAUCUUCAUCUACGUCACCAAAUACACCUUCUAGUGACAGGCUACAGUCAUGUAUAUGAGAUUAGCUUCAUCCAAUAUAUGUGCCAACACAAUACAUUUCAUACUUUAACUAAUUUUAAAAGUUUCAUGAGAUAAAAUGGACACUGGCUUGCAAAUGCAUGGCCCUUGCAUCACACUAGCCAUUUUUUUGUUUAGAAAUAUUUUACAUGUAAUUAUGUAUGAUUGUUAUAUGAUCGUGAAGCCCAUACAAAAACACAUUAUGAUUGAAAUUUGGGCCUGCAUAUAUAGGUACAUGUAUGUGUCUUCCCAGAUGUAGUUAUGUGUUUUGAUCAAAGUGCUUGACAAUUAAGCACUCCUGGAAGAUGAAAGUUUAGGAUGAAGCCUUAUAAUAUUUAGAAAGAUAAUAUUUAGGAAGGGAUCAGUCCCCUUUGAAAUACCCAAUGAGUUGGUUGGAGAAAAGGACAUACAGUUUCUGUUAUUGUUAUUUCUAGGCACAUGUAGCUAUUACAGGCUUUAUAUUAAUUGGAACAGAAGGGAAUUCAAAGUUUGAAAGGGUGCUAAAAAGAUCUUUUAUUUUACUAUUAUUAAGUAUUUUUUUUUUGUUAGCCAACAUAAACUGUAACAUCUGUCCUGCUGUACCAUUCCAUCCCCACAAAAGCUAAUAUCUGGCAUAAAUGGAAGGGUAAAGGCACAUUUGGUCAUUUUAUAGAAGUCCAUAGUGUCAACCUUGACAAUGUCAUUGGGAAAUAAUUUUUCUAUAUUAAGGUAUAUGUUAUGUAUAGAAAAAAAAGUUUGUUUUUGUUUAUUGUGUCCACAAAACAAAGUUUAUGGCAUAUGCCAGUUUUUGUGAGAUUGAAACAUUCCUUUGUUAAAUUUUCCAGUAUUGGGCAGCUUCUCAUAAAGUGUGAAUCAAAGUACUUAGAUUUGAUGAAGCAAAUUUAAACUGUAUUUUCCAACACAAGGGAUUGGACUUGCUGAAAUUUUUUACUGUACAACUCCAACUUGUCGAGGAAUAAGAAGUGAGCAGUGGAUCAUAAUUAUGUUGCAGAUUUCACUCUGCUUUACUUAAUUUUACUCUGCUUAUUUCUGAUUCGAUCAAGCUAAAUUAUCAGGAAGAUGUAACAUUGAAAAUUUAAUUCUUAUAACUUUACUCCAGACGCUGUUAUCUCUUUCGUGCCUAUCAGAAAUGGAGGAUUUGCGUGUGGUAGAGAGGGAGAGAGAGUUUUGGGUUCAAAGAUCCAAAUUAAAGUUUCAUUUUGCUGCUUUCCAGACUUUUAGUUUGAAUUGCUGUCAUCACGCUGUUAUGUUAAAGAUAAUAUUACUUUCUGAAAAUUUUUGAAUAUUGUUGUUCUUUGAAUUGUAUUGUUCCUUUCCAUAUUAUUAACUUUUUAUACUUAAUGUUGCAUAUUACUCCCUAGAUUUGAUAAGCCAUAUAUAAUGUUGUCCAGAAGAGCCCCCCCCCCCAAAAAAAUGCAUUUUUUGUACUAAGAAUAGAAAUGUACCACAGCUUGCAGUCUGUUCAUCUAUCUGAUA